AUGCCAACUCUUCCAACAGCAUUUGCCGAGACCACACGUAGAUCACUCACAUCAGCUGAUCUCCGUAAGAGAGUUCUCAAGCUGUACAGGGAUUACCUGCGUGAAGCGCCAUCUUUCAUUGAGUUGUAUGAGCUUGACAUGCCAGUGGCCAGUGUUAGAACAAAGAUCAGACAAGAGUUCGAGCGUUAUAGAUUUGAGAAGGAUUUGUCCAUCAACAACAUAGUCUAUGCCAAAGGUCGUAUGGAGUUCCAGGAACUGGUUAACUUCUGGAAACAGCAGCCACAUGUUUACAAGUACUUUGAACAAGAAGGUGAGACCAACUAUGUUCCUCAAGUUGGCGAAGGCGCCUUCAUGAAGAAGUUCCUCAAGGGAUUCUGAAUCUACACUUAUUUAUUCCUGAUGUAUUUAUUUAUAUAUUUCAAAAACACUAUUUAUUCUACCUGAAAUCUACAAAGAUAAACCAUUCAAAACGAUGCAAUCCAAUACUGAUCAACCUAUGUAUAUUAAUAUAAACUCUAUGCCAUCUCCUCAAUGUCUAGAAAAGACCUUCAAUCUCACCAUCUUCGCUCACCUCAACAUUCAUAUAGCCUGCAUGUGUUGGCAAACCUG